CCCUUUCUGUCACCAGAAAUCAUGUCAUUGAAGUACUUGGAUAAUGCAAGAAAGAUCUUAUGCAUAGGUCGUAACUAUGCUGCCCACAUUAAGGAAUUGAACAAUGCUAAGCCACAACAACCAUUCUUCUUCUUGAAACCAUCUUCAUCGAUCUUAAAACCCAACGCAGGUCCAUUCUUGGUCCCCAAAGGCGUUGUUGUCCAUCACGAAGUGGAACUAGCAUUCACUUUGAACCGUGAUUUGAAGAAUUUACCUGAAUCAUUCAGUCCCGAGGAAGCUUUGGCCAGCAUUGAAGGGUAUGCUUUAACUAUCGAUAUGACCGCCCGUAAUGUCCAAGAUGAAGCCAAGAAGAAGGGCUUGCCUUGGUCCAUUGGUAAGGGGUUUGAUACUUUCUUGCCUGUUUCCAAUUUCAUUGCCAAGGAAAAGAUCCCUGAUCCAUACAAUGUGGAAUUGAUCUUGAAAGUCAAUGGUGAAGUUAGACAACAAGACAAGACUGACUUGAUGUUGUUCCCAAUCCACAAGAUCUUGAGUCACAUGUCCUCCAUUAUGACUUUGGAAAAAGGUGACUUGAUCUUGACCGGUACUCCAAAGGGUGUUGGCCAAAUUUCUCCAGGAGACAAGAUUGAAGCUUAUCUCAAGUACAAUGACGAAAUCAUUGAAGAAAUCAAGUUGGACGCUGAACAAAAACCAGGACCUUACGAAUACAAGGAAACUUAAGUUUAUACAAAAUACACAUCUAUUUCAGUCUAAAUGAAGAUCCCAUCCACAGGGGGUUGGUACUGUCUCAAUAUUAUGUUGGCUUCACUCAUCACUUUAUGACUGUAUGAAUCCAUGGAAUAAUUUUGAGCAUACACCACCUCUUUAAUUCCACUUUGAACAAUCUUGAUCGAGCAGGUUAAACAUGGACAGGUGUUACAGUACAAUACACUAUCUCCUCUUAUUCUAUCUCUUCCGGCCUCAAGUAAUGCAUUUUCUUCUGCAUGCAAACAAAGACAGGUUGACAAGGAAGCACCACUGCCAUGGCCUUUGUUACAACGAGGACAUCCACCUUCAUUACAGUUUGUCAAAUGACGAGGAGUUCCAUUAUAACCAGUGGCAAUGACCCUGUAGUCUCUGACAAUAACACAGCCAACUCUUCUUUUCAUACAAUUGGAACGUAAUGCUGCCAAAUCGGCCAAUCUCAUGAAAUAAGAAUCCCACGUAGGGCGCAAUCUGGAAAAAUCUAACAAGUUUAAUUCGGAUAGUUUGAUGUAAAGGUCUUUAAUCGAUGCUGAAGUAUUGAUGAUUUUGAUUCUUGCUUGGUUGUUGAUCUCAAUGAGUGGAUUAUCCACAUUGAAUAGCAACUCGUCAUUCUUGACGACAAAGUCUUCCAAUGACAAACGAGACGCAUGUGAUGCUACCUUGAGGAGAUAACGUUGAUAACGAAGACCAAUAGGCGCAUCAAUAGAAAUAUGAAGGAAAAAUGGCCUCUUUUGUAAACUGACUAGCAUUUGCAUGUCGUUCAUGUGUGACAAGACAUAGUUUUCUCUCCAGUUGACAGUAACAAAAUCAAGCAAGUCUUCUAAAUCGUCAAAUUUUUUGUGAACUUCCAUUUUCGAGUAGUAUGACGACACAUUUCCAUUUGAUAUAACGAGGGUAUCAAGUUUUUCAUUGAGGGUAUCUGAAUCCAGUUCAGGCAAUGAAUCGCUGGAAUCAACAAGUGAAGUAAUUGGAUCUCCUGGCUUGCUUAAUGAAAUCAACUUGAAACCUUGAAAGGUUAAGUACCGGGCUACUUCUGUUUUACCUGAACUCAAUGUUCCUGAUAUACCAAUCAACAUAUCCUUUUUUGCUGGCUUAGAGAUAGCUUAGUGUUGUCUGAUCUUGAUUUG